GAGAGCUGUGAUUGGUCACAGCUUGUCACAUGGUACAAGGCUGCUGUGAAUAGUCUUGUACCAUGUGAUCUCUGUGAUCAUUCACAGAUUUCACACGUAGCAAGCAAUGAUGUCAGAAGUGACAUCUUGCUUACUACUAUUCAUGUAAUCACUGAUUGGCUAAUCAUUGGAUUGGACUGUCUCUGAGCUGGAUUGGGCUGUCUAUUAGCUGGAUUAGACUGUCUCUUGGCUGGAUUGGGAUGUCUCUAAGGCUGGCCAUACAAUAUUCAAUUCUCUUGAGAUUUUUGCUUUAGAUUUACCAAAAAACAUAUAAAAGGAG